CCCCUUGUGCAGCUUCCGGGGCCUACGUUUAAAGAAAACCCUACUGGGUGGCUUAGCGCCCUAGAGAGAGGUGCCGCCCUACGACCUUUGCCCCCGGCGCGGGUGUCCAGCUCCUCGAAUCUUUCCCACAGCCCAACAUGGCGGCAGAGGUGGAUUUUGGGGAUUUAGAGCUUUUCGAGGCGUUUGACCACCCAGAGGAGGCGCUCCCGAAGCCCGUUCACACGCGCUUCAAGGACGGCGACGGCGACGAGGAGGACGAGAACGGGGUUGGCGACGCGGGGCCGCGGGAGCGGCUCCGGCAGUGCGAGGAAACCAUCGAGCAGCUCCGCGCCGAGAAUCAAGAACUUAAAAGAAAAUUGAACAUUCUGACUCGACCAAGUGGAAUAUUGGUGAACAACACUAAGUUAGAUGGACCUUUAUUACAGAUUCUAUUUAUGAACAAUGUUAUUUCAAAGCAAUAUCAUCAAGAAAUAGAGGAAUUUGUAUCAAAUUUAGUAAAAAGAUUUGAGGAACAGCAGAAAAAUGAUGUGGAAAAGACUUCCUUUAAUCUUUUGCCCCAGCCAUCCAGUGUUACACUAGAAGAGGACCAUAAAGUAGAAGAAUCCUGUUCCAUUAAAAACAACAAGGAAGCUUUUAGUGUUGUAGGAAGUGUCCUGUAUUUUACUAAUUUUUGCCUUGAUAAAUUGGGGCAACCGCUACUAAAUGAAAACCCUCAGCUUACCGAAGGAUGGGAAAUACCCAAGUAUCAGCAAGUCUUCAGCCACAUUGUUUCUCUAGAAGGGCAAGAAAUACAAGUAAAGGCCAAAAGGCCAAGGCCUCACUGUUUCAAUUGUGGUUCCGAAGAACAUCAAAUGAAAGAUUGCUCAAUGCCUCGGAAUGCUGCUCGAAUAAGCGAAAAGAGGAAAGAGUACUUGGAUGCCUGUGGUGAAGCAAACAAUCAGAACUUUCAGCAGCGCUACCAUGCAGACGAGGUCGAAGAAAGGUUUGGAAGAUUCAAGCCAGGAGUUAUUAGUGAGGAACUUCAGGAUGCACUUGGUGUGACAGAUAAGAGCCUGCCACCUUUUAUAUAUCGAAUGCGCCAGCUAGGAUACCCACCAGGAUGGCUCAAAGAGGCUGAACUGGAGAAUUCAGGGCUUGCGCUCUAUGACGGAAAAGAUGCUGCUGAUGGGGAAACAGAAUCUGGAGAAGUUCAACACAAUCAAAAUGUCACUUACGAUCUCUCGAAAUUGGUAAACUAUCCAGGUUUUAAUAUAUCUACUCCCAAAGGAAUUCCAGAUGAAUGGAGGAUGUUUGGUUCUAUACCAAUGCAGGCCUGUCAGCAGAAGGACGUGUUUGCCAGUUACCUUACUUCAAACUUCCAGGCGCCGAGUGUGAGGUCUGGCUCCAAGAGGUCUUCGUCUCGGUCCAGCCCUCGUAGUCCAAAGAAGCAGAAGGGGAGCAGCUCAGGCUCCCCCGCGGACAUGGAGCUCGAUUCGGAUGCGGAGGCCCUGCAUGGAUCUCCGAGUGGGAAUGCUACUCGGUUUCAGCCACCAUUGCCCCCUGACACUCCUCCACUACCACGGGGAACUUCGCCCACCUUCAUUCCUCCGCUCCCCAAGGGCACCCCGCCACUGACUCCCAGUGACUCACCCCAGACCAGGACAGCACCUGCGCCUAUGGAGGAGGACACGCUGACUCUGGAAGAACUCGAAGAGCAGCAGAGGCGGAUAUGGGCGGCCCUGGAGCAGGCUGAGAGCGUAAACAGCGAUUCUGACAUUCCUGUUGACACACCUUUAACUGGAAAUUCGGUUGCCUCUUCCCCUUGUCCAAACGAGCUGGAGCUUCCUGUCCCAGAGGGAAAACCAUCUGAAAAGCAGGUGCCAGAUGAGCCUGAGCCUGAGCCCGAGGAAGAGGACACUUGUGCAAAGAAAUCAGAGGUUGAACAUCCAGAGAGCCCAGAGUCCGAGGCGACCUUGCUUUGUCGGCAGGACAAGGAAGAGCCUGCCCAGGGAGGCCCUGAAGGUGCGCCUCUCGAUAGUGGCAGCGUGGUACCGAACUGUGACAUCAGGAACGGAGGCAGCCAGAAGCUCCUGCCCCUGGACACCAGUCCUUCAACAGCCACUAAAACUCACAGUCCUAUCCCUGAUAUGAGCAAGUUCGCGACUGGAAUAACGCCAUUCGAAUUUGAGAAUAUGGCAGAAUCGACUGGAAUGUACCUCAGGAUAAGAAACUUGUUAAAGAACUCACCCCGAAACCAGCAGAAAAACAAGAAGACUUCUGAGUAACUGCUUGACACAGCACCAAGACCUAGUUAAUGAUCCACACCUUUGUGUCCUGUCACCAGUACUAAGUGGACAGAUGAACCGUCUUCCUAUUUGUCCCUCCCAUGUUUAAAAAUCUGUCCGAGGCUUAUUUGUGGCUUAAAGUCAGGCCUGUUUUAAUGAAUGGAAAGAUCGGGCUCACUGGUUCACUGUAUUUUAUUCUCGCUACUAAAAACGUGUGGGGAAAUGUAAGUAUAGGGUUUAGAGGUAGUUUGUUAAGGUUUAUACUAUUUUUGGGUUGUGAGUGUCUGUCCAGAGUGAUGGUUUUUAUCGUCUUUUGUACAUUGUUUUCCCUUUCUACAUUUUGCUAAUUAUCUUGUAUAUAAGUUUAAUAGAUCACUUUUUUAAAGAAAAAAUUCUAACCAUUUUAAAUUCACAUUUCAACUUCGACAACCAAAUGAGAAAAAUCAGGGAUGAGCAGCUUUAUCCCACUUGGGGUAUUUUUGUAAGUGAUUUACAUACAUCAAUUUUAAUGACCCUUUUAUUUUUUUGUAACUUCAUUCUUCAUAUAAGCUUGCGAUACAGGUCUGAUCGAUCGUCUUUGUGUACAAAGGUUUAAUAAAUUAGUUUUCAUAUACAUAAUCUAAGACUUUGAAUACAAAAAAAGUGAUUCACAGUUAAAUUAGUAAAUAAAACCCUGUAAAUUUGGAAGUAAAUUAUGUGGUUGUUAAAAUUAGUGGAACUAUAAAUGGAAGAAAAAGCAAAGGAAAUAUAAGAAAUCAGCAAAUUUGGGUGUUUUCAGUGGAUUUUAGCCUUAAAUAUAGAGGCAGCAGAAUCUUAAUCAUUUUGAAAAUAAUGGAGGGCAGCUAGCCUUUGUACCAAAAAAUUUAAAAAAAAAUUCUGGAAUUAAACCCCAGGAAAAUUAAUAGUUAAAAAUAGAAAGUAGACAUAAAAAAUUGCUAUUAUCAGGUCUAUAAGAGCUGAAACAAUGGGUUCCCCCCCUUUUUUUAAUUUAUUGAUUUUAGAGAAAUAUCAAAUUGUUGUUUCACUUAUUUACAGUCAUUGGUUGUGUCUUGUAUGUCCCCUAACCAGGGACCAAACUUGCAACCUUGGCAUAUGGAGACAACACUCUAAUCAACUGAUCUACCCCGCCAGGGUCUGAAUCUGUUUUUUGUGGGGUGUUUUUUGUCUUUAUGUGCAAUGCUAUUACAUCUUUAUAGUCAAGUUCAUGAAAAUAAACAUUUAAGUGAUCUUGAACUAUUAGUCUCAGGUAGUACAGGGUGGGACAAAAGUAGAUUUACAGUUUGUAUGAAAAAUAACCCAAUAAUUAAUAAAUAAUAAUACAAGAAUAAACUCACAUAUAAUGUAAACCUACUUUUGCCUCACCUGGUGUUACUUGCUCUUAGGCCAGCAGAGGGAGCAAAAUAGAACCAUUCUGGAUUUAGUUUUCAUUUUGAGAACUUCAGUCAUCCAAUUGUUCUAUAAACAGUAAAAGGAAGGGAAAUUAUAUAUGAAAGGGGAAAAUUUAUUUUCAAGGCCCUCACAGAACAUGCUAGAAAUUGAAUAAAAUGUUAAAUACUUUGGG